AAGGCAGGAGUACAGUUGUUCCAAAUGAUUCCUGCCUUCAGGAGAAUGGAUGCUGGACAGAGACAGACGAGACCGUAUUGUAGAACUGCCUGGUGUCUUUCUUUUUUUUUUUUCACCCGUUCCUGUGCACCAAUUCCUGCAUGGCUAGAGGCUGCCAACACCUCCUCAUCGGAGUAAAGCAACAGACAUCCUAGAGAGGACCCAAUUCUUCAGCUUGCAAUAUCUGGGCGUUCUUUGGACUGACAGAUCUGCUUUCUAGUUACUCAUCGGAACUGGAAAUCCUGAAGACAAAAGCAGAACUGUGAAAGAAAUAAUGAACAGAGGCUUUGUCCGUCCCUGACCCGUCCUGAAUUGGUAGGAGGAACAGUCAAGGCACCCUGAGGAAAGGCUAGUGAUGGAUUUUCUGCCGAUCUGUGCUCUGUCGUUCAUCUUAUCGCAGUUUAUCGUGUCAGCGACUCAAGGUGUCUGCAGGCAGGGCUGCCAUCCUGAAAACGGGUUUUGUGAGAGUCCCGGGGAAUGCAGAUGUCGCCCCGGGUGGAAAGGACAAUUUUGUGACCAGUGCGUCCCAUUUCCCGGCUGUCUUCACGGCAGCUGCAUCAAACCCUGGCAGUGUAUCUGCGUAGAAGGAUGGGUCGGCAGCCACUGCAACAUUGACAUCCACCCGUGUGCAACAUAUCCGUGCUCCAGCAACUCCACCUGCAUUGAAACCGGUGACGGUGGAUAUAUAUGCCUCUGUGCUCCGGGCUUUACCGGGAAAAACUGUCUGGUUAAAAUUGGGCCCUGCAUUACAAAUGGGUCUCCAUGUCAGAAUGGAGGGACAUGCUUGGACAACAAUGGGUUUUCCAGUCAUGCUUCUUGCCAGUGUCUUGAGGGUUUCACGGGCGACUACUGCGAAAUAGACAAGGAUGACUGCAGCCCCAACCCUUGCGUUAAUGGCGGAAACUGCACAGACAUUGGCCCGGGAUUUCGCUGCCACUGUCCAGCUGGGUUCGGUGGUCAAUCUUGCUCUGAACUCCUUUCAUGGUGUAACAGUAACCCCUGUACCAAUGGUGGGACAUGCUAUGAGAAGCUGGAUGGGUUCCAAUGCUCCUGCCCGCCAGAAUACUCAGGAGCCACAUGUGCUCUUCCUUCAAAAAGUAAGAGCUUAUUCACCAACGAGCACAACUAUAACUUCCCACCACAUCACAAGGGGUUCCAUCACCCAGGCCACGAAGUCCUGAAGAUCACCAUGAAGGAGACGAUCCACAACAACGACCCUCUCCUCAACCGAAGUCAAAUCAUCUGCUUCAUCAUUCUCGGCCUCCUUACUUGUCUCAUCGUCCUCAUCACCACCGGGAUUGUCUUCUUCUCCAAAUGUGAAACGUGGAUGGCCAACGCCAAGUACAGCCACUUGAUCCGCAAGAAGAAAGAUUUCUACAUGAAAGCAAACAGAGAGAAUGGAAAUGACGUCAAAAUCAUAUUUCCUGAAAAAGUCAAAAUAGCAAACUACAGCAGGAGUUAUACUACGAUUUAAACCGGGAAAUACAAAAAAAACCUAAACCGUCUUUGUUUGUUACUUGAUGUUUUUCGUCAUCAUCUCUGUGGCUGCCAGACUUUAUAAA